UGCUGUUGUUGGCGUUUUAUUGGCAUUAAGUUUUAGGGCAAUCGAUGGAAAAGUGUGCACGCCUACUGAUGUUAUCGCAACCAGAAUGGAAAAUUCACCCAGUGCAGUGCAGUUACUCAGUACAUAUGGCACGUAUUUUCUUGUAUACCAUUCGAAAAAUGCUUCUUUUAAGAACUUUUAUCCUUGCCUCCGAGCACUAAAGAGAAGUGCGCAUGAAGGAAACCAUCACAGAGCGACAUAUCAGUUUGAAUACGUCAUCGAAGGCGAUAUCAGAAAGGAAGAACGUGAAGUAAAAACGGACAAGAUGGACGAAGCUUACCCCUAUGACAAUGAACUCACGGUAUCACUGCAAAGAGAAGGAACCCCAGAACUUCAGGACUGGCAGAUCAUAUACACCGAUUACACAAGUUGUGUAGUAUUUUCAUCUUGGAACCUAGGAUAUCAAGUGUGGGUGAAAGCAGAGUACUUAAGAAUGUACAGAGGAGUGCCCAAGGUCUGUGCACUAGUGUAUGAGCUACUAGCAUGGAAGAAAAAACACGCCGUUUAUAACUGGAGGAGGUGCGCCAUUGAAGGAACCAACCAACAUCCCGGAAGCUAGGCAUUCUCAGAUAUUGGCUUAACAUCAGAAAUACUAUUGUACGUUGUAUCCUAUAUGCUCAGUGAAAUCUCACGCCCAAUAGACAGAAGCAGACCGUCGGGCUCUCGAAACGCGGACGCGCGCGCA